CCAUCCCUACAAAUCAACGUCCUACAUAUCCUCGUGUUAUCAUCUACAAAACCAGACCCGCCAAAACUAUGGUUGCAGAUUAUUUCAUCUCAUACCCAUUGCAAAUAAAUAAAUAAAUCAAGUAAUUCUUCAUCUCUGCAAAAUCUUGUCAAACCCCAGAGCAGACUAUGGCACUUACAUCUGGAAUCUUGACAUUUGCAGCACCAUCAAUCCCAUUGAACUCCAUUAACGACACACCAAAGGUACGCAAAACCCUCAAUUCAUCUCAUAUAUCCUGCUCAACUUCAGUUUCCAAUGAACAACAACGACAACAAGAAACACCACCUUCAAGAAAAUUUAGCUACAGCAGAGCAUCCCCAUCAAUCAGAUACCCUAAUCUUAAAGAACCCAUCAAUAAUCCUAAAAUAAAGCAGACCCAGAUGCCAAUUUCACUUCAAAACCCUAAAAUUGAUGGUUUAGAAGAAGAAAGUUUGAAACUUGAGCCACAAGACAAGGAAACCGGUGAAACCCUAGAAUUUUCGAGUCGUCGGGUGGCUAAGAAAAUGACUAAAUUAGCCUUGAAAAGGGCUAAAGAUUGGAGGGAAAGGGUUCAGUUUUUAACUGAUAGGAUUCUAGGGUUGAAAGCUAAUGAAUUUGUGGCUGAUGUGUUGGAUGAUAGAAAGGUUCAAAUGACACCUACUGAUUUCUGUUUCUUGGUGAAAGGGGUCGGGAAAUCGAAUUGGCAAAGGGCGUUAGAGGUUUACGAAUGGUUGAAUCUUCGCAACUGGUACUCACCGAACGCGCGAAUGCUUGCAACUAUAUUGUCGGUUCUUGGUAAAGCGAAUCAAGAAUCUUUAGCUGUAGAGAUUUUCGAAAGAUCAGAACAAGGGAUUGAUAGUACGGUACAGGUGUAUAAUGCGAUGAUGGGGGUCUAUGCUCGAACCGGACAAUUCGUUAAAGUUCAAGAAAUUCUUGAUAUGAUGAAGGAAAGGGGAUGUGAGCCCGAUCUUGUUAGUUUUAAUACAUUGAUAAACGCCCGUUUUCGGUCCACGAAGAUGGAACCGAACGUGGCACUUGAUCUACUAAACGAAGUGAAACGCUCCGGGCUUCAACCCGAUAUUAUCACAUACAACACACUUUUGAGUGCAUGUUCUCGUGAUUCAAAUUUACAAGAGGCGGUUAAGGUGUAUAAAGACAUGGAGGAAAAUAAAUGUCAACCUGAUAUAUGGACUUAUAAUGCCAUGUUAUCGGUUUACGGUAGAUGUGGGUUGGUUAACGAAGCCGAAUCACUGUUUUUCGACAUAAAGUCAAAAGGGUUUGACCCGGAUGCGGUAACGUAUAAUUCUUUGCUAUACGCGUUUGCUAAAGACGGUCAUGUAGAUAAAGUUGAGAAACUUUGUGAUGAGAUGGUGAAAUUAGGGUUUGGUGAGGAUGAAAUGACGUAUAAUACCGUUAUUCAUAUGUAUGGGAAGUUAGGUCAACAUGAUUUGGCGUUUAAACUCUAUAAAGACAUGAAAUCCCGCGGUUGUGAUCCUGACGUCGUUACAUACACCGUUCUUGUUGAUUCUUUAGGGAAAGCUAACAAGAUUGCAGAAGCUGCGAAUGUGAUGUCGGAAAUGAUGGAUGUCGGGAUUAAACCGACUUUACGAACUUAUAGCGCUUUGAUUUGCGGAUACGGGAAAGCCGGGAAGAGACUUGAGGCCGAAGAAACCUUCAAUUGCAUGGUGAAAUCUGGUAUUAAACCUGAUUCUCUUGCGUAUUCGGUUAUGUUAGAUAUAUAUUUGCGGUUUGAUUUGCAUAAAGCUAUGGUUUUGUAUAAUAGUAUGGUUCGUGAUGGGUUCACGCCGGAUUUAACUCUUUACGAGAUGCUAAUCCAAGCUCUUAACCAUGAAAACAAAGAAGAUGAUAUCGAAAAAAUAAUUAGCGAUAUGCAAAAGUUAUGUAAUCUGGAUCCACAAGUAAUUGUGUGUAGUUUAAUUAAGAGUGAGUGUUACGAUCAUGCAGCCAAAGUGGUUGAACUCAGCGUUUUAGAGGGUUACGAUUUGGAUCACGAGAACUUGUUAUCGAUUUUGAGUUCAUAUGGUUCAUCCGGAAGACACUCAGAAGCAUUGGCUUUACUUGAUUUUUUAAAACAACAUGCACAUGGGUCCCAUGGUUUUGUAACCGAAGCUCUAGUUAUGAUUCUUUGUGAGUCGAAUGAAUUAGAUGCCGCUUUAGAUGAAUACAAAAAGAUUAGGCGUGUAAAUUUCUUUAACGGGAGCUCGCUGAUGUAUGAAUCUCUUAUUAAGAAAUGCGAGGAAGGUGGACUUUUUCAUGAAGCGUUUCAGGUGGUCUCGGAUAUGAUGUUUAACGGAGUACCGAUUUCCAAAUUAAUUUAUAUAAAUAUCGCGUCCAUGUACUGUAAAAUCGGGUUUCCAGAAACCGCUCAUGAUAUAAUCAACCGGGCUGAGUUAAACGGGUUGUCAAUCGAUGAGAUUUCGGUUUACGUGGACCUUAUCGAGUCUUAUGGAAAUUCAAACUUACUAGAAAAGGCGGAAGGUGUAGUGGGGAAUCUUCGGUCAAAACUCCCUGUCGUUGACCGAAAAGUAUGGAAUGCAUUGAUACAAACUUACGCUUCAAAAGGUCAAUAUGAGAAAGCACGGGCUGCAUUCAAUACCAUGAUGAGAGACGGGCCUACUCCGACUAUAGAAUCCGUUAACGGGCUUAUGCAAGCUUUGAUUAUCGAUGGGAGAUUAAAUGAGCUAUACGUUGUGGUUCAAGAACUUCAAGAUAUGGGAUUUAAGAUUAGUAAAAGUACCAUUGUUUUAAUGCUUGAUGCAUUUGCACAAAACGGGGAUGUGUUCGAGGUGAAAAAGAUUUACAACGGAAUGAAGGCUUCGGGUUAUUUUCCCACUAUGCAUCUUUAUAGAACGAUGAUCGGUUUAUUAUGUAAGGUGCGACACGUGCGGGAUGCUGAAGCGAUGGUUGAUGAAAUGCUGGAAGUUGGAUUCAAACCCGAUCUUUUUAUAUACAAUUCUUUGCUCAAAUUAUAUACGAAAAUUGAAGAUUAUAGGAAAACGGUUGAAGUAUACCACAAGAUUAAAGAACAUGGAUAUAAACCGGAUGAAGAUACGUACAAUACAUUGAUAGUUAUGUAUUGUCGAGACCAUAAACCCGAAGAUGGGAUGUUAUUAAUGCAAGAAAUGGUCAAAGAAGGUUUAGAUGCUAAGUUGACCACAUACAAAAGUUUAAUAGCGGCGUUCGGUAAGCAACAAAUGGUGGAAAAAGCCGAGGAGAUUUUCGAGAAGAUGAGACGUGAAGGGUAUAGUCUAGACCAUUCAUUUUAUCAUUUAAUGAUGAAGACGUAUAGAACCACGGGCCAUCAUUCUAAAUGUGAAGAUUUACUUAAACUAAUGAAAGAAGAUGGAAUCGAGCCUAAUGUCGCUACGAUGCAUUUGCUUAUGAUUUCUUAUGGAAGCUCGGGAAAUCCAUUGGAAGCCGAAAAAGUGCUUGAUAAUUUGAAGUCGAAAGGCGAGGAGUUAAGUACGUUAACUUACAGCUCGGUUUUGGAUUCUUAUUUCAAGAACCGGGAUUAUAAUACGGGAAUUCGAAAGUUUGUUGAGAUGAGAAACGGAGGUUUAGAACCGGAUCACAGGAUAUGGACUAUCUUCGUUAGGGCUGCUAGUUUGUGCAAAACUUCAACUGAAGCAAUGAUGAUCUUGAAUGCGGUUAAAGAUGCUGGUUUUGAUCUUCCAAUCAAGCUUUUGCAAAACUCAGAAUCGACGGUUUUGGAAAUAGACCAUGUUUUGGAAGAAUUGAAACCGUUGGAAGAUAAUGCAGCACUUAACUUUGUUAACGCUAUAGAAGAUCUUUUAUGGGGCUUUGAACUUCGGGCCACUGCUUCAUGGGUGUUUCAAUUGGCAGUCAAAAAGGAUAUAUAUCGACGUGAUGUUUUCAGGGUAGCGGAUAAAGACUGGGGAGCCGAUUUUAGAAAAUUAUCUGCCGGUGCGGCUCUUGUUGGUCUUACGUUAUGGCUUGACCACAUGCAAGAUGCAUCGUUAGAGGGUUCACCGUUAUCUCCAAAAUCGGUUGUUUUAAUCACAGGGGUUUCGGAAUACAACGACGUCUCGUUAAACAGUACGAUAAAAGCUUAUUUAUGGGAAAUGGGUUCCCCGUUUUUACCAUGUAAAACUAGAAGCGGGUUACUCAUCGCGAAAGCUCAUUCUCUAAGAAUGUGGUUAAAAGAUUCGCCAUUUUGUUUGGAUCUUGAACUAAAGAACAGUGUUAAUCUUCCGGAAACGAACUCGAUGGAGCUGAUUGAAGGAUGUUAUAUAAGAAGUGGGAUUGUUCCUGCGUUCCAAGAUAUAACCCAGAGGCUCGGGAUUGUGAGGCCGAAGAAGUUUGCUAGGUUGGCGUUGAUGUCAGAUGAGAAAAGAGAGAAAGCGAUACAGGCGGAUAUUGAUGGCAGAAAAGAGAAAUUAGAGAAAAUGAAAAGAUUUGGGGUUACAAGAAAGGCGUCGUAUCAGAAGAGGAAGUUUGUGAGGCGGGAAGCGGUCAAACGUUGAAGUGGUCAACCUGGGAGUCUGUCUUUUGACGAUUUGAAGGUGCAGAUAUUGGAGGUGUAGUUCGACUUUUAUGGUCGAAAUGAUUGUUCGUGUGAAUUUGCAUAUAUGAAGGAACUUUCACCUGGUGUGGGUGGGAUCUGAGUCAAGAUUUUUUCGGGUUUACUUCACAUGUUCAAGAUCUGGGACGGUGAAGUUUGGUUAGCCUAAAGAAUUAGAGCGGUUUGUGUUUCAUUCAAGUGUAUAAAUGUGAUAGCAAAUUUUGUAUCAUCAAUGUGGGCACAAUAGGCUAAUAGAGGAAUAUUAGUUUGUUUGCUACUUUGCUUUAGUUUCACUAAUUCUAACACGAAUUGAUUUGGUUUUAAA